GCUCUGUUCUUUCUUCCUCUGCAGCCGAACACCACCAGCCUUCACCGACACCUACUCUUCUCGAAAAUUGGUAAGAUCAUGGUAAAUUCUUUCCCUUGUCUUAUUAAAUAACAAGAUUUAGAGCUUAAAACUCUCUCCCUUAACCCAGGAAUCCCGGAUCUGCUGCUUUCUUCCUCCCCUGCCGCCGACCACAGCUGGGUGUGAGUCCGGUUUUUCCUGCAAACCCGUGGAAGCUCCUCCAAUUCCCGUCGGUCCUCCCAUACCCGUUAGCUCCAACUUUGCUUGUUGGGAAUUUUUGGUAGUGAGACCCGACGCGUGGGAAGCCUAGGGGAGUGACGAGCUAGACGGCUAGGCAUUUUUGGACUUAGGUUUUUGUAGCUAAGCCGUUAGUCACCCAUGCUUGACAUAGUAAAUUUUGUGCUUAGAUCUAAAUUACCUGAAUUGCUAAGUAUGAACUUAGUAAGUUCUGAGCCUUGUGCAUUUGUGGGACCCUCUCACAAGUGCACGGCGUCUGCCACGUCUCCGGAUUUGGGUUCUGGGGCGUGACAGAAUCUCAUUAUCAAUGAGAUUGAUGUAAUUUGGAGCCAAAAUUACCUUAAGCACAGUCCUAAACUUCCGAUUUUCUGGGUAUCAAUGUUCUUAGGCACAUGAGCCUUUUUCAAGACUCUAAGUAAAGCAUCUUGAUGAGC